AUGAUUAGCGGAUACAUGGCCUACGACAUUGCCGCGGGAGCCCUGCUGCUCCUGACGGCCGCCGCCGCCGCCAUCGGCUUCCUGUGCACCCUGUGCAUGGCCCGGCGCCGCAAAGACGCCGCAAGGUCCUGGCUCGCCCUCUACAAGCUCGCCUUUGGCUUCUUCAUCCUCGCCGUCCUCCUCUCCUUUUUCAGCCACCUGCUGGCCGUCGUCUACACCGAAUUGUACGACGCCGCCUUCAGGGCCAGGGCCACCAGCGCCGUCUCCGACCUCUUCCGCGCCCACCUCCAGACAGGCAUCGUCGGAUCUCUUUUGUACGAGUUCGCCUUCAUCUUUGUCUUGCUUGCUCUCAUUGGCCUGGCCGCCGGCAUCAGGAUCGUCCACGGCGGUGCCGAGUCGACGCUGGAAAGAUUGAUGCGCGCCGGCUUCUACGUCACUGCCCUGCUUCUCAGCAUCCUCAACAUUGUUGGCUUUGCCCUGAGCGAGAGACACUUUAUCAUGACAUACAGCAAUCGCGAUCUCCUCAAAGACGGCGUCCAUGUGCCCAGGACCGCCAGGCAGGCCUUGCGCGCCACAAGGGUCGUUACUCUCAUCAUGCUCGUCGUCCAGCUCGUUGCCACGCUUGUCCUGCUGGCCAGAUCGGUCCUCGUCGCGGUACAGACCAGAUCAGAGCUAAAAGUGAAGACGGCUACCAGAUAUCUCCUUGUUUGUUGUACGCUGCUGCUCCUGAAAGUGUCGUACGACAUUGCUUAUUACGCCAAGUACGUCCCGUUCGGCGAUGCGAACUCCAUCAUGUCCGACGCAGACUCCUCGCGGCCUGGCCCGCACUUUGCCAUCAUCGACAUUGUGCUCAGCUGCUGGCCCUUGUUCGUCCUCCUAGUUCUCCUGCUUGUCCUAGCGACCAAGAAACAGCACGGGCUCUGGUCAACCGAGCAACCCUUCAUGAUGGUCCGUCCCGGCGGCCACGGCAUGCCGUUGCAGACGCCAUGGGGCUACGGAUACAGCCCGCAGAGCCAACAGCCUCUGCACCCAAGCUGGGAGCAGCCGCAGGGGCCCCAAUACCAUCACGCCCAUCCCCACGAGCGUCCGCUCCAGCAACAAUCAUCGCCUGCACCGCACUUUGUUCAGCACGAUCCCUCUCCACAGCCGCACUGGCAAGCCGCUCCUUUUCCUCACCCCCAGCAGCCGCAUGACAUGGGGACGCAGGCAGGCCACUUCCCGUCGCCGUCGUCGCCUCCCCCCGCGCACUCGGACGCCAUGGGGCUGUACCAUCAGGCAGACGGGACGCCUCCUCAAAUGACCCCGUUGCCGUAUAACGAGAAGAAGUGA